AUGGCUGCCCUUGACCCCCGUCUAUUCUACGAGCAAGCCCUCGUCGGCAAUGGCAUUACCCACGCCUUUGGCGUCCCAGACUCGUGCCUUAAGGGCUUCUUGGCCUACAUGUACGCCACCAAGAAAUCCCCAGAGCACAUCGUCACAGCCAGCGAGGGCGCAGCCGUCGGCUUAGCCGCUGGCUACUAUCUUGCCACCAAGAACCUCGCAGUUGCGUACAUGCAGAACUCUGGUCUUGCAAACUCUCUCAACCCUCUUCAGUCGCUGGCUGCCAAGGAGGUGUUUGGCAUUCCUCUACUGCUUGUGGUCGGUUGGCGGGGAAGGCCGGGAGAGCAUGAUGAGCCGGAACAUCUUCUGGCUGGGCCUCGUACUCUGGAUACUCUAGACUCGCAGGGCUUUCCUUAUGAGAUUCUGCCAGAUACGCUGGAGGAAACCACGAGUGCUAUUGCGCGGCUCAUCAAAGCUGCCAGGGAGGGCAAUACGCCUGUUGCUCUUGUGGUUCCGAACCAUAGAUUUGGCGCCUACACCCCUGAACAUGGUCAGAGCAAUGGGAGCUGGCACCCAGCUGUCACAAACAUUGCCAAGCACACCGCCAGAGUGGAAGACUGGCGCUCUUCUGAAGGGACACUGAAUCUUUCAAGAGAGCAUGCUAUCCGCGUUGUUCUCAAACGCCUUUACCCAGCAGAUGUCACUGUCUCAUCCGUUGGUGGAAAUUCUCGCGAGAUCUACAUGGUCCGCAAAGAACAGAAGGAAGAUCUCUCUCGUGCGUUCUUAUCCAUCGGCGCCAUGGGCCACACAUACCCACUAGCCUUUGGCGUCCAAAUCGGACAUUCCAAAGGCCGCGUCGUCUGCGUCGAAGGCGACGGCUCAUUCAUGAUGCACGUUGGCAACGUCGCUGUUCUAGCCGCCCAAGCUUCAGACAAGCUCAUCCAUGUGGUGAUUCACAACGGCAUUCAUUGCUCUACAGGCAACCAGCCAAUUCCCAUCAACACUGCCAACUUGCUUGCCUUGGCUGGAAGCUUGCCCUACAAGCAGAAGUUCUUUGUGGAUAGUGCUGAGGGUCUCAUCCAGGCGUUUGAGUGGGCUGAGAAGAGCACAUUGAUUGUGGUUGUUGUUAAUCAAGAUGUCUCAAAGGAUUUGCCUCGUCCUUCGGAGCAUCCUUAUGAACUAAGGGAUCAAUUUGUGUCUCAUUUUACCUAG